AUGGAAGAUGGGGCACCUGAAGGUUCAGCUGGUGUAGUGCUGCGCGCUGAAGGAGAUGACAGCCUGUCUGUGAUAAGCUGUGGAUCAGAUACAGAAGCGAAUUUAAAGAAGAAAAUUUUUCACAAGCCUCCAAAGUCGCCAAAGUCUCCGUACAGCUCUAGCACACAACUGUAUCCUAAAAGAGCUGCAGUUUGGCGAGCUCUGCAGGGAACAGGCAGCGCACGUCUCGAGAGUGCAGCUGUAAAAAACCCAAGACAUAUGUGGCUGGGAUCACUGAAACAAGGAAUGAGCCAUCCUCUGAAAUCAGAUAUUGACACGGGGCAUAUGCGAACUAACAUUUCUAGUAGGACUCCGGAGUAUUUAAAGGAAGCUCUAGGAAUGAAGAAGCCAAAACAUUCUCGUUCUUCUAGUAAUGGCUACAUUCCUGGAACUCCUGACUACAAAGAAAAAGAAGAUAUGUAUGAUGAAAUUAUAGAACUGAAAAAGACAAUACAUGCUCAGAAAAAUGAGGGAGAUCGAAUGAAAACGAAGCUCCGUCGACUAGAAGAAGAGAACAAUAGAAAGGAUAAACAGAUUGAACAACUGUUGGAUCCUUCCAGGGGCUCUGAGCUGGCACGAGCUUUGUCAGAAAAGAAGACUCGUAAUGGAUGGGUGGCUAGUGGAUUAAAGCAGAAGAUUCUCAAGCUUGAACAACAGUGCAAGGAGAAAGACAACACUAUUAACAAAUUCCAGGCAGAUGUGAAGACUAAUAAUUUGGAAGAAAUGAGGAUGGCUAUGGAAACCUACUAUGAAGAGGUUCAUCGUCUCCAACUCCUUCUGGCAAAAUCUGAGACUAUGAGGAAAAAUACAGAGGGCAGAGAUACCCAAAAACGACUGAAGGCACUGAAUGCCGCUGUCCUGAGAUUAUCCAGGAACAUCAAGGAGUUACAGAAUGAGAAUCGGAGGCUGAAAGAAGAUCUAGAUCAUGUACUGAGCAGUUCUCCUCCUUCCAAUCGAACAAAAAGUUAUAGUGAGUGGAGCAGACAGAGGCUGGUGAGGCGGAUUUCAGAACUAGAAGAAAAAGUAGGUGCCAUGGAGAGCACCAGGGUGUCCUCAGCAGAGAGCGAGUCAUCACAGUUACUCGCUGUGUCAUCUUCACCUUCUGUAGACCUGGAUCAUCCAGCCUCUCAACAGGUAGACCACGUUGAGGAAUGUCGUCGCCUCCAAGGGCUAGUGAAGAAGCUGAGGAGUGAUAGGAAGGCACUUCAAAAUCUUCUGCUCGAUAAAGAAUUAGAUAUCAAGCAGCUACUGGAGGCCAAGGCUGAAUUGGAGCUGGAGCUGCAGAAGUGGCAGAAUAAGAUGGAAGAAAAGAGCACGGAAGAGCAAACUUUAAGUGAGGAGAUCCAGAACCUGGCACAGAAAGUAGGGAAAUUGGAGUCAAAAUUGGAGGAAGAGAAGAGACAAAUGGCAGAAGAUGCAGUGGAAAAGCAUAAUAAGUCUUCACCAGUCUGCAUGGUUAAAGGCAAAGAAGAUCACAGGAAGGAGCAAGCAGCCAAAAUCAUCCAAAGACAGUGGAGGAUGUACCAAAAUAAGAAAGAAGAAAUUGCUAUGGAUGAGGCAGUUGUUAUGCUUCAGGCAGCUUUCAGAGGACAUUUAGCUCGACAGAAACUGUUACUGAAUAACAGGAUGCACGAUGCAAAAUCUCACAAGAACUCCUGCGUGUCUUCCAUGUCAAACUCCUGGUCUUCUGAUUGCAAGGAGAAAGAUGAGAUUGUGACAUUCAUCCAGUCCGUUUUCAGGGCUCACUUGGCACGUACAGUACUGCUUGAGGAGAGGCCGUCUGUGUCCGGCGCAGCAAGUGAGAAAGCAGAUUCUGCGGUUCAUGUUACAGAGGAGAAACCAGUCUCAGCAGCGCUCCAGAGACGACCUUCAAUCUUCAUGUCAUCUCUUCCUGGUAAUCUCAUUUUCCUCUCCAGGUCCUCUGAGAAGCAAGCGCAGCCUCCUCUCCCUCUGCCCGUGGAUGAAGCUCACUCGGACGAUUCAGAUGAUAUUGUCGUUGCCUCUCCGUUGUUGCAGACAAAGAAAAGCUACGCUCACUUUUAA